AUGCCGCCAGAGGAUAGCAAGGCAACCGAUAAGCAACUGAAGAGGGUAGGUCAGCGUAAAAGGUCUACACAAAUUAAACUUGAUUCUGCCAGCAAUGGAAGCAAAAUACCUGAGGUGCGGAGGGCACAGCUGCUUGAGCCUGGUCGCUACCUUGCCCGCAACUUGCCGCCCAUGCACAAACUGAAAGAUAUCUUCAACGAUCUCGCAGAAAAUGCUAUCAGGCAGGGGUUUUCUGCUGUCCUCAACCACCUAGCAGGAAGGCCACUGCGCGUGGCUACGAUGUGCUCGGGGACUGAGAGCCCGCUUCUGGCCCUGGAGAUGAUUCAGAAUGGCCGACUCCGUAUUGAACACCUCUUCAGUUGUGAGAUCGUUCCGUUCAAGCAAGCAUACAUUGAACGGAACUUCCACCCUCCCAUCCUCUUCCGUGAUAUCCGCGAACUCGGAAAUGACGAGGCGCAAACGGCAUACGGGUCGCUGGAAAAGAUCCCGAGGAACCCAGACCUCCUAGUCGCCGGUACCGCCUGUGUCGAUUUCUCCAACCUCAACUCACAGCAGAAGACACUUAGAGAUGAUGGAGAGUCUGGAAGAACAUUCAAGGGUAUGCUGAAUUACGCUCAGAAAUAUCGCCCUGCCUUGGUCAUCCAAGAAAAUGUCAGGAGCGCCCCCUGGGCCGAAAUCGCUCGCAAAUGGGAGUCGAUCGACUACUUUGCGACAUGGGCCGCUGUCGAUACAAAGGCGUACUACAUUCCUCAAACUCGGGAGCGCGGGUACAUGGUUUGCAUCGACAAGGUCCGCCUCCGGAAUAUCGAGGUACAGAAUGACACUACAGACGAUGCCGUUCGCUAUCUCCAUCUCGGGGCCCGAUGGAAAGAGCUGCUCUCUAAGUUCACACGCCCAGCCAGCUCUCCAGCAGGUAUGUUUCUUCUUGAUGAGGACGAUCGACGACUGGAACGCAUUGAAAAAGACAUGAGCACUCGUCUCAAUGCCACGGCUGCUCGCGCCGAGGUCGCCUGGGAGAGAUAUAAGCGACAUCGCAACGAUUAUGAUGUUGGAAAUCAACGGCCAAUUACUCGAUCACAGCCUGGUAGCUUUGUCUGUCAUCCGCCCGAUUUCUAUUGGUAUACGUACAUAAACUCUCAGGCCGAGAGAGUUUGGGAUACCCUUGAUAUCAACUUCUUGCGAAAGAUCGUUACCGGGGAUUACGACAUGAAUUUCAAGGAGCGAUGGAUUGAGUUGUCCCAGGGCGUUGACCGUGGCGGCGAGUCAAAAAGUUUUGGAAUUAUCGGCUGCAUCACGCCAUGUGGCAUGCCUUUUCUCACUACCCGUGGCGCGCCUCUCACUGGUCUUGAGGCUCUAGCUCUGCAAGGAUUGCCGUUGGACAGAAUCAGUCUUACGAGAGAGUCACAGCGGGAACUCCAAGACCUGGCCGGGAACGCGAUGAGCUCAACUUGUGUUGGGGUUGCCAUUCUUGCGGCGCUGCUCGUCGGCUACAAUGUCCUGGAAAGGGGGAAUGGUUCGAUGGACUACAGUGAUCAAGAUGUGGUAAAGACGUCUAUCAUCCCUCAGGAAGGCUACGAUAGCACGCAGACUAGUGUGGAGGACGCCCAAGUCCACAUCGUCGACCAUGUUGAUCUCCAAGCGCGAGCUGCUAGCAGUGCAAGCUACUGUACGUGCGAAAAGCAGUCUGCUGUCAGGACGAGCAUCUUCAGAUGUGGACUUUGCAAGCAUACCGCCUGCAGCUCAUGCUCCGGAAAUCCUUCUCACUCGUAUGAACCUCUUCCAAUUCCGCGCAGCGAGCCGUCGGGUUUUACCACGUAUCUGAAAGACCUGCUGCCGAUAAGGCUCAAGCUCACCGGCAUCUCUAUUAUGGAUUUCGAGCAAUUCGUGAAUUACAAGCGGGAAUGCGUGGAAGGCUUUGAAUGGCAGAACUUCACGGAAAUAAUCAAAUCUGCACUUUGUGAAGAGCUCCGUUUCUUUGAUAUUACCCGAGGACGCGUCUGGAAAGCCGUCUACAAAGGCAGACAUUCGAAUUCCAGCCUGAGUCUCAUAAUCAGCAGCACUGGUUUACAAUGGAUCUAUUAUGCGAAUCCACCCGCAUCAGCACCGUCUCAGAGUCUUAUCAGAGAAAUACUUGCCCAGCCAAUUGCAAGAAUGACACCUCGGCAGGAAUCGCUCAUUGAUGGUGACUGGGAGGUCUGUUCUCCCUUCAGCACAAAGCUCGCUCUCACAUUUGCAGGCAGUGGGAGCCAGGUCAAAACAUUCCAGGCUGAAUGUGGGCUGCAGACAAACAAGUAUUUGAACUCCAGAACCUGGAGUCGUCUCACUGUUGGCGGAGAAGCGGAAGACGCCAGACGCUUGGACGUGAAUGUUAGAGGCGAAUACGAGUAUCUUCCUGAUUGUGGCACGGCACUUGGAUCUCUGUACAAGAAGGCUGCUACUGGAGACUGUCCUACCAUUUACCUUUUCCUCGAUCCUACCAAACACAGCGACCCGGAUGGAGAUUGUUGUGUCUUUUCUCUUGAGCAUGACCGCAUCCCAGGAUACUCGAGUCGCAUUACCAUUGCGGAGUUGGAGCCUUCAUGGAGAGCAUGGGACAUGACCAGUACCAUGGCAAAUGCCAACGCGUUUUCCCGUUGCUGGGCCAAAAUAUCCGAUGCUAGAUUGGAAAGAUUUGUCAGUGGUCCGAUCAUCUGCAAAAGGUUGAAACCCGGAGUCCACCUUUCAAUUGGAAACAAGGAUUGCCACGAAAGUUACAUAACAUUGCUCUCGCUGUCUGUGCCAGCAACAACGUCCAAACAGGGAGAACAGGACACCACCUGGAGAGCCUUGGACACUGUGGAUCCUGCUGUCACCUUGAAGAAUUUCGCCUGGUUGGUCCAGAAGGUUUCCGGGUGGAGGGAUUUCCAAGAUUGGCAUCAGCUCAAUGGCUGGGAUAACCUACCAUACACGGAAGAAACAGCGUGCGAGUCCUGUCAUCCACCGAAGCCCAGCAUUUUGUGGGGUAGAGACCAGAAAAAUGCCAUUGUGCCCUACGAGAACCCGAAGGAGGCAGGCGCCUAUGAGCGAGCUGCCAAGUCAAAGCCGCCUGCAUUCUUGGUCUUCAGGCAAGGUGGGUGUGGCAGCGAGAGUGGACUUCGGUUCACUCUCAAUGUACAGACACUCGCCCAUCAGGCUUACGGCAAGCUUGUUGGAACUGGGCCAAAUGACGGCAUCAGUCUUCACUGGCGACUCAUUCCAGAUGCCUAUGACUUGGCCAAGCUGAAGUCCGCUGAAUUCGCUUUGAAGAGCAAUCAGGAUGACACCCCCCGCUCACAACCGCCUCACUUCAAAGAGAAGUUGAGGAAGGAGCAACUGCGGUCGCUGGCAUGGGCGAUUUCUCAGGAGGCGGAAGAUGUGGCCCCGUUUCUGGAGGAGGAAACUGAAGAGGCUGUGCUCCCUCUGAUGCCGUGGCGGGCGGAGGUGAAGGCUGCUAUCCCCAAAAUUGUCCGAGGAGGCGUACUUGCCGAUGAAGUGGGUUAUGGCAAAACGGCAGUAAUACUUGGCCUUAUUGAUGCGCAGAUCCAAAAAGACCGCUCGCUCUCAUGGGAGGUUUCUGGGUUGAUCCCCACUCACGCAACCCUGAUCGUGGUUCCGGACAAUGUCUUUGAGCAGUGGCAGUCUGAGAUUAACAAAUUCCUCGAUAGCCAACACACGGUGCUGGCCAUUCAGGGUGUUGGAAAACUCCGCAAACUCAGCAUUCGAGACAUCCAAGGUGCUGAUAUCAUCGUCGUGGCGUGGAAAGUGUUCAGCAGCAACGUGUACUACGAAACUUUACAGCAGUUCACAGGGACUCCAGAGCCUCCUGUAAAGGCAGGCCGCAACUUUGAUAACUGGUUCCAAGAGGCUCGACAGGCUCUCAAGGAUUUGUGUGACAUUUUGACAUCUGACGGGCCUGAGGAAUAUCUUCGCAAGGUUCAGGCACGGCGCGCGCAGGUCAAAGAGCGCCAAGCUGGGUAUACCUACAUGCCUUCUCGCCGAGUCCGGGGCAAGGGCUUUGCACUUGCCCAGCAAGAGAAACAGGCAAGCGUUGGUGAUGAAACUUCAAAGUCUGACUUUCUUUUCAUCAAAGAUGGCGAUCAAACACCAGAUGAUAAGCCAGUGGAAAGUGCGAACUGCUUGGAGAAGGCCUGUACUGACGAGGUUACAGAGCGCAUCUCUGAGGAGUCUCAGAAGAAGGUUACCAAAAGAAAACGCGACCAAGAACCUGACAACAACCCCACACCUCGGGCGCGAGACGACCGGGAGCUAUUCAACAUCCCAGCAACCCAGAAGGAUCACGAUUGGCGCGACAUGCGGUAUCCAUUCCUGCACCUCUUCAGUUUCAAUCGGAUCGUCAUCGACGAGUACACAUACACCGGGGAAGAAAGACUGAUUUCGAUCUUGUCGUUGCACGCACGCUCUAAGUGGAUUCUGUCUGGCACACCGGCUAUGAGUGAAUUUGCCGACAUCAAGAGCAUUGCACGGUACCUGGAUCUCUACUUGGGCGUGGAUGAUGAUGGAGAUGUCCCCACGCAGAACAGUCGACUGAAAUCCAUUCGCAGGAGAUACACCGCAGCGGAGUCUUUUCAGAUGUACCAGCCCCGUCGCUCUGAUGCCUGGUACAGCAAUAGACGCGAGAUUGCACAAAGGUUCCUAGAUAAAUUUGCGAGACAAAACAUUGCGGAAAUUGACCACAUCGCCACGGAGAUACAUCUCGUAGUGAUAAACCAAUCCCCAAUGGAGCAGCAAACCUAUCAAGCAUUGUUUCAUGCACUCGUGGAACAGAAUGGCCGGCAUCGCAAAAUCAGAAAUCCCAACAACGAUCUCGUCAUUUCCCGUUUGAAUGACAUACUGGGCAGCAGCAAGGCCCCGCUGGAAGCUCUUGUCAAAUACUGUGCAUCUACGAAGCUGCAAAACAACCCGUGGGAUGUCGAAGCAUACAAGAGCCGGCUGAAGACUCACAGACAGACGAGGACGGAGCAUUGUAGCAAAUUGGAGGGUCUUGUAAAACAGGCCGCGAUGAUCAUCCGUCGGUGGAAGAUGCAGUCAAGUCUUAUCAAUCGUUGCUUGGCUUCAUAUGAUAUCUGGGUUGGAAGUGACGACGGCAACGAUGUCACGGCCGAAAUGGAAGAGAGAUUCGCAAAAGCAUCCAAAAAAGUCAAGAAGCCUUUGGCAAAAUCUCAUACGAAAGAAAAGGCGGGAAGCCCCAAGGACAACCGCGGCCUGCCUGGAGGGCGCCCCAGCAAGAGAGCCAAGCUGUCCUGCAGCGGUCUCGCUGAAAAUUCCAAGGCGGAACUUCAAUAUCAAGAGGUGGAAGCCGUGAUGAAAGCACUAGCAGUUGACGUUAACUCUAUCUUGAAGCUAAUUGUCCAAAGCGAGCGUGACAUCCGCCUCUCAGAAGCCAUCCUGAACCUACAGACUGCGGCGACGGCAAUAACAUGCUCCAAAUGCAAUGCGCAGCAAGUCAGCAUCACCAAAGUGGGACUGUUGGCAUCCUGUGGUCAUCUCCUGUGCGAAGUCUGCAUCGACAAAAUCCCCGAGAAGGAGUGCCAGUGUCUGGUCCCCGGGUGCGAUGGAUCCGCAAAGCCAAGCAAGAUCGUCCACGGAUCAAGCAUCGAGGGCGGGAAGAGCACUGAUGAAAAGGACAGCAAGAUUGAAAAACUGGUCGAGAUACUUCAGCAAGUUCCCGCCGACGAACUGGUGCUCGUCUUUGUGCAGUUUGAAGAUCUGAUGCCUAUCGUCUCUCGUGCGCUUAAAGCCAAUGGCAUCGAACAUCGCAUGGCACGGGCUGGGUACAUGGGCCCAAUUAAUGAGUACAUCAAGAUGAAUGAUAGAAAGAGCACGGGGAAGCAGAAGACUCGGCCUAAGGUGCUUAUUCUUCAGCUGGGUAGUUCGAUGGCUGCUGGAUUGUAUGUAUUCCGCUCUUUUCUUCUAACAAAACUGGAAUGGCUUGUACUGACACUUCCUAGAAAUCUUCAAUGCGCCAACCACGUUAUCUUCCUCUCGCCUCUUCUCGUUCCAACUCAACAGGAUUGGAAUGCCGGGAUGACCCAGGCCAUUGGACGGGCACGACGCUACGGCCAGACGCGAACUGUACACGUGUAUCAUCUUUUGAUGAGGAUGACCGUCGAUGUGAACGUUAUGCAGGAACGAGAGGGCAAGAUCCUGGUUGAGCGUGCUGGUGCGUUGGAGUGGGUGUCUAAGGCCGAGGGUGACGCCGAGGGUGUCAUUCGAUGUGAAGGCGAGCCAUUUGAUGUGGGAGUGUGA